UAACAACGCCACAGCACUUGCAGUGGCCCUUCACCUCCCCUCACUAGCUUAACUUCAUUAUCGGAAAGAUGCUUACAGACCGUGAAUCUGAGCGAGAUUCUAGCCACUGUCCUCAUUGCGGCCUUACCCCUCAAGGAACACGAGCGAACUAUACUCUUUAUGUUCGGAAUGCUCGAAUCGAGGAACUACUUUCCACUAAUCGCCCGCUUCUGGCUGCUGAAGAAGUUACAUAUCGUGAUUUACUAGCUCGAAGCUCGGAGCGUUUAUCGACAAUCGAAAAUCAGAUGCACCACCUUCGUGCACAGUUGGACGUGGCAGAGAAGCAGAGGGAGGAGGUACUUGUCAUGAACCAGGACCUCAAGUCUGUCACUAGUCCCAUUCGCAGACUUCCAGACGACUCUUUGCGGGAAAUACUGUUGGCCAGUUGUCGUUCAUGGGCCGAUGACAAUUUUCUCGUUUUCUCCAUCAACAUGCGAGGCAAACCUUGGGUUUUGUCUCAGGUGUGCAGUCGCUGGAGGAAUGUUGCAUUAUCAUUCCAGAAAAUUUGGGCUUCCUUCCGCAUCGAUACGCAAUACAUAUCCCCUACGCGAGUAGCACAACAAAGGGCCUCGUUUGCGUUAGGACAGCAAAUUCGUAGAGCAGGUCGGCAUGAACUCACUAUUUCAAUUUGUGACACAGAUGACGGCCGUUUGGGUGCCCCUUACGAUCUGAUACUACCCCUACUCCUUUCCACUUGCUCGCAGUGGCGAUAUCUAGAACUGAAAUGUCAUACUCGCGCACUCAUCCAUUUCGCCCCCAUCAGGAGCUACCUGGAAUCCCUUGAAACGGUUCACCUUUCUAUACGAACCAGCGCGCGCUGGGAACAAGAAAGUACACCCUCCAACAUAUUCGAAUUUGCGCCCAAACUGCGUCGGGUCUCCCUCGGUAGCGGGCGGAAGGACAUCGUACGGUCCUUUACCAUACCUUGGCCUCAGAUUGUGGAAUACAAAGAGGGCGGUAAAAGGAAAGGCAGCCACCAUCUGGAAGUGUUGCGACGGGCCACCGCCAUCACAGAUGUCCGCAUUAAUUCGACCCUGCUCCCAGAGGCCGAGGGCGGGGUCCCCUACACUCUCGGAGGACAAAUAGUCCGAGUGCCCACUCUUCGCAACCUUCGUGCGCGUUUGAAGCUCAACGACAGCCAUUUUCAAGCGAUGUUCGAUAAGCUCGAGCUACCUGGGCUACGCGUGCUUUCCACGGCUCUUCCCCCCAAAGCGGAUCCUUUUAUCUCGCUUAUCGACCGCUCGCAGUGUUAUCUGACAACGCUAUUAAUCACCGCAAACACGCCCGAUAUUGGUACAGAGCUGCUUCGACUAUGCAAAGUCACUCCUCACCUACGCGUACUUUGCAUCGCCUCUGACGGCGAGGAGAGUGGCCCUAUCCCCAUAUCGGACUUUUUGAUCGAGCUCGUGCAUCCCACUGAUGGAGAUUGCUACUUGCUUCCCACAUUGACGUGUCUGAAUUUAAUGCAGUUGAACUGGAAUCCGAGAGACACAGUUGUGUUGCAGCUUAUAGAGUCGCGCGCGGGAGGAUGGGUCGAAGGAGAUAACGACGAGUCAUUCGAUGAUGAUGGCACAGUGACUCGAGAAGGCGUGGCUCAGCUGAAGAAGACAUUACUGCCGCGUUCUUUUGAACUAGCGUAUACAGAGGAGUUGGAACGGUUACGGUCAAUGGGGCUGAAGAUUAUUACACAACGGAAAUGAUGUCCCGAGGUAUCCAAAGCCUACGAUCCCAUGAACAGCGUAACUACGCCAUAACUCGAUUCAAUGAAAACUGUAAUCUUCAGACGUUUAUCCAGUGUCAAUUCCAACACGAGGCGAGUGUGUUCCAAAGGUACACAAGAGCACGAGGGCUAAGGAUACAGAGUUUAAAAUUUAAACACCGAUACUGAUGAGGUCAUAGGCAGGAACAGCCAGUCUGUUCCAUCAGGGUGGUUUUAUUCAACCUUUUGAUUCGAUGUCCACUCACGCAGUU